AUGAAUGUUACAGUGCUUUUUUUUCUAACGCACGCCCAAGAAGACAGAGAAGGAAUUUGCAAUCGUAAUGGUCACCUGGUCCCCAGUACCUGCAAAUUGAACCAAAAAGACAAGGAAGUCCAAAUCUUUGAGCAGAGCUGGAUACCUAAUUCCAAUAAAUUUCUCUGGGUGUUCGAUGGUUCCGGAAAAGGGAAAACAUUAUUUAACAUAUCCGGCGAGUCGCUGGGUUUUGCGUGUAGACCUUCGAGAAUCGAAUUAUCUGGUGAUAUUCUAGGUGAUUUGAUAGCUUUCGUCGUCAAAAUCAAAAUCUUGCCAGUAAAGCCUACUGGGAAAACCCGUGGCGUAUAUCUAUGUUUAUGGUCAAAAACAUUCCAGAAAGUACAGUUCUCAUCUUUGACGGACUUGAUGAGUGUGAUGAUGAUUCAAUCAGAUUUCUCCAAGCAUGGUGGGAGGAUUGAAUCGAUUCACCGUUGGGAAUCAUCAGAAAAAAAUGAAAACAAUCACUGUUAG